AUGGCCCUCCACCUCCCUCUAUCCCUUGCAGCUCUCAACAAGUUCCUUCCCUUUCAUUCCUUCCCCUUAAGCCCGCCAGGUAUGUCACGUGUUGUUUUCUCUUGUCUCUCUGUCUCUUUAUUCGACCCACGUCCUUUUUCUAUUUUUUGUCCGAUUUUUUUCUCUUUCAAAUUCUUUUACUAUUUUGCCCUCUUCGCUUACACCCCCACUCUCUCUCUCUCUCAUUCUCCUUUUCUUAUUUUCUUGAUAUUCUCUUUUCUUACGUUCGUUCUGUUUCCAUUCUUUCUUUUUAUGUCUUUUCUUUCAUUGCCAUUUGAUUUUUUUCAUUUGAUUUUCUUUCUUUCCGUUAAUAUCUUUUUCUUCUAUCCUUUUUCAUUCUUUAGUCGGCUUCUGUCUUUCUUUCUGCGCAUUAAUUUUCCUUUGUUUUUGUCACAUUUCAACCCCUCAAUUAUUCUUUUUCUUUCUUUUUUUUCUUUCUUUCUUUCUUUCUUUCUUUCCGUUUCUUUUUUCCUUUCCUUUUUCAUUUCUUCUUUAAUUUUCCUUUGUUUUUGUCGCAUUUCAACUCCUCAUUUAUUCUUUCUUUCUUUCUUUCUUUCUUUCUUUCUUUCUUUCUUUCUUUCUUUCUUUCUUUUAACUAAUUUUAUAAUAUUUUAA